UGGUGGGGAAACGGUGCUAGCUCCAUGCGCGCAGCCCUUGUCUGGUCGACUGUAAUUUUCAUGGUGCCACCACCAUUUUUGGGGCUGUCUCCGCCGACAUACACUGACAACUUACACUUCAAUCAAAACAUAACCUCCAAAAACUGUGAUAAUCUUCAAAAUGGGGACUCCUGGCACGGCCAUCGACUCCCUAAACGCCGCCCUCAAAUGCAACAUAAUCCCCAACCAGGAGUACCUCCUCCAGGGCUCAGUCUUGGACCAAUACGUCGAGGUGCUCCUCCACCGCUUGCGCGGGCUGUGCGACAACGUAGACAGCGGCCCUGAGUCGUUCCACGACCACGAAUUGUGUUUCACCCUCCGGGCCACCAACCCAGGGGCCCCCAUGGUGCUCCCACUGCGAGUCCGGCGAGCCCUCGACGUGCCCGACGCCGCCUGGCAGCUGCGCUACGUGGGGCAACAGGAGCUAGGCGACAAGAACCGGCCAACAGUCGUCAGAUCGAGUAUUGACAUGGCUUGCAGUUCCACAAUUGUUGAAUUUUUGACCGAGCUUGGAUGCAGAGUGGAUUUUGAGUACAUCGCCCGGGGGUACAUGUUCCGCAAAGGCAGGAUGAAAAUCACAGUGUCGAAGAUUUUCAAAAUGGGGAGCAUGACGAGUAAGCCGGGCGAAGGCGUAGAAGCGAUUUCCCAGAGUUAUUUAGUUGAAUUGUCCGUUUUGGCCCCGAGUGGACAAGAUGCUAUUGCGGAGGAUAUGAGAAUUUUUGCCGAGCAGUUGAGGCCGUUGGUUCAGCUUGAAAAAAUCGAUUAUAAAAGACUUGGAAAUUUACCGUAAUUUAUUUAUAAAUAAAAUACAAUUAAGAUUUAA